UUAGUUUCAAUGCUGGAACCCUAGCCAAAAAGCAUCAUCCUUUAGUUCUAGGGUUAUCCCAUUCUAGGGUUUCCAUCCCCAUUCCCAAAACCUCCGAAAUUAUUACCAGAAAAACCUCAGAAGUGUUGGAUAUGGUGGAGCCUUUGAGGGAAGUGAGGGAUGGAUACUUGAUUUCACUGAACAUCGGGACGCCACCGCAGGUGAUUCAGGUUUAUAUGGAUACUGGGAGUGAUCUCACUUGGGUUCCUUGUGGAAAUCUCUCUUUUGAUUGCAUGGAUUGUGAUGAUUAUAGGAACAAUAAGUUAUCUAAUUUCUCUCCUUCUCGUUCUUCCUCUUGCUCUAGAGACAUUUGUGGUAGCUCCUUUUGUCUUGACAUUCACAGCUCUGAUAACUCCUUUGAUCCCUGUACUGUUGCUGGAUGUUCUUUGAACACUCUUCUCAGAUCCACUUGCGCUAGGCCAUGCCCUUCUUUUGCCUACACCUACGGUGAAGGCGGUGUCAUUACCGGAACCCUAACGAGGGAUAACCUUCGGGUUCAUGGAACUAGCCCCGGAAAUAUCACCAGGGACAUCCCUAGUUUUCGUUUCGGUUGCGUCGGGUCAGCGUAUCGCGAGCCUAUUGGGAUUGCAGGGUUCGGUAAGGGCUCGCUCUCGCUUCCCUCCCAAUUAGGGUUUCUCCAAAAGGGGUUUUCCCAUUGUUUCUUGGGAUUCAAGUAUGCAAAUAACCCUAACAUUUCAAGUCCAUUGAUUUUGGGAGAUGUUGCUAUUUCAUCCCAAGAAAAUCUCCAAUUCACCCCAAUGUUAAAGAGUCCAAUGUAUCCAAAUUACUAUUACAUUGGCCUGGAGGCCAUAUCUGUGGGAAAUUCUAGUUUAGCUCAAGUGCCAUUGAGCUUGAGGGAUUUUGAUUCCAAUGGCAAUGGAGGAUUGCUGAUUGAUUCAGGAACAACUUACACUCAUUUUCCUGAACCGUUCUACUCGCGCCUCCUCUCCCUUCUUCAAUCUCAGAUAACCUAUCCCCGAGCGACGGAGGUUGAAGAAAGGAGUGGAUUUGAUCUUUGUUACCGAGUUCCAUGCCCGAACAACACGUUGGUUGAUGCCGAUUUUCUUCUUCCUACCAUAACCUUUCAUUUCUUGAACAAUGUGAGCCUCGUUUUGCCUCAGGGGAACCAUUUUUAUGCGAUGAGUGCUCCGAGUAAUUCGUCUGUGGUGAAAUGCUUGCUGUUUCAGAGAAUGGAUGACGGCGAUUAUGGACCGGCGGGAGUGUUUGGGAGCUUCCAGCAACAGAAUGUUCAAGUGGUUUAUGAUUUGCAGAAGGAAAGAAUAGGGAUUCAGCCAAUGGAUUGUGCUUCAGCUGCAGCUUCUCAAGGACUUCAUAAAAAAUAAUGAUCAAUUUCAAACGGUAGUUAUUGGCAGUUGCCAAUCUUGCUUUUGUCCAACUUAACUAAAAUAACGAGAAUAAAAAGAAG